UAUGAAUAUGAAAUAAGCAGGACAACAUUAACAAAAUUAAGGAUAACAAUAAUAACAACAACAAUAACAGCAACAGUAAUAACAUUAGCAAUAACAAUAAAAGACAACAAAAGUAAUAACAAUAGUACAAUAAUAACAACAACAAUAACAGCAACAGUAAUAACAAUAGCAAUAACAAUAAAAGACAACAAAAGUAAUAGCAAUAGUACAAUAAUAAUACCAGAAGUAACAACAACAAUAAUAAUAACAAGAGUUACAAUAACAAAAAGAGUAACAACAAAAAUAACAGUGGCAGGAAUAACAAAUGAUAAAUGUGAUGUGAGGAGUGGAAAAAAAAAGAAAAAAAAUUGUCAAUCAGAAAAUUCCUUGUCACCAAAAACUGGAAAACCUGUAAAUUGA